AUGAAAGCUGCUCCCCGGAAGAGUGCUAUUCCUACUCCAGGACGGUCGCGCUCUUCAUCAAGCGCAACUCAGGCAGUUCCGGUCCCUGAUGUUGCAGAACUGUCUCGCGCUUUCACAGAAGCCAUCAAAGCCAACGAUCCCUCCCAACAUCGAACCUCUCGUCCUCCCAGCCGCCAGUCCGAUGUUUUUAUGAAAUCAACGACUCCUAGACCGUUUCAGGUCGGAGAUAAUGUCCGCAUCGAGUCUUUGGGCUUUGAGGGCUUACUUCGUUAUCUGGGAGGUAUAGACGGUAAGCCGGGUCUUUGGGCAGGAGUUGAGCUCUCUGGCGGAUUCUAUGGGAAAGGGAAAAACGAUGGUAGCGUAAAUGGGAAACAGUACUUCUCGUGCCCUGCUAACUGCGGUGUAUUUGUGGCCACCGCUAAGCUAUCGCCAGCUACAGCUGGUCCCGGGGCGAUAAUUCGACCUUCCUCUGUUGCUUCCUCUCGUGGUGGUCGAACAACUCCUUCGGUUUCUGGGCGAACAACACCAUCUUCAUUCUCAUUCAGCACAACCUCUCGCAUACCUUCAGGAGGUAGAAUAACUCCCUCUGGUCGUACCACUCCAGGCAUUGCAACACCAGCCGCUCGAGCAAGACCCAAAGGACUUACCAAAACACCGAAUGUUGUAGCUACUCCGCUGACGGGCAAGCUCACUGCCGGGUCUCGAGCAUCUAAAUAUGCUUCUAUGACCGCUCAGCAACUCAGCACGCGCGAUUCUGCCUUGGAGCCGCCAGCAAGAACCGCACCGUCUCCUUCACUCUCAACUCGGUCCACAUCAUCUCCAACCCGACCCCCAGCAUCUCCCUUCACUACACCAAAACCAAGUAUUGGCGGGAGGCCGUCCAUUGGUACUCCUCGCCCACGUAUUCCCAGCGCUGUGGCAAUGCCACCGCCUGCUUCUCCUGCCCUCCGAGAGCCCAUAUCUCCCCGACCGGAGUCAGCAUCCUCGAAUCGAUCAACCACAUUUGAUGACCGCCUUCAACUGCAAUCCCGUAUUGUCUCUCUGGAAAAUGAACUGGACGAAACAAAGACGCAGGCAGUUGAACGUCUUACUCAGGUGGAAGAAGGACUCCAGACGCGCAUUGCAGUUCUUGAGACCCAGCUCCAAGAAGAGCAGACCAACUCAAAUCUCCAAGCUGCGCAACUCGAACAGCACUUGGCUGAAAGCACUUCCCUGGAGCUAUCCUUGAAAGACACAAUCUCCUCAAGAGAGGCAUCCGAACGCGAAACUGCGGAAAAACUGAUGGCGAAACAAGCGGAGUUUGCGACGCUCGAACUCCGGUUGAAACAUACGCAGAUGGAGCUGGAGGAGGAGCGAGCAGACCUCCGUGCUCAGGUGGACGAGUUAAGGCAAGCCGGUCAAGAAACUAUUGCCCUUUACGAGGAGCGUCUCAAUGAAGCAGAAAAAGAAAAAUACGAGCUUGAAACGAGACUAUCUUCUCUUGAAAUGCGCUAUAGUACGACACCACGAUCUCCUUCUCCUACAACGUCCCCUCGAGUGGUAUCGUCAGCGACGGAAAUAGACAAUGAGGCGCUGCGAGAGCAGGUUGGUCAUCUACAGAAAAAGGUCACCAAACUGGAGGAUGCAUUGGAAGAUGCACAGGCAGCUUCCGAACGGGAGGAAGCUGCCUUCGGAGAACGGAUGCGUCGUCUUAAAGACAAAGAGGACGCCAUGAAAAAGGAGCUGAACGAAGGAAGAAAGGAUGUGGAGAGGAUGAUAAAAUCUGAAGGUGAUGCGCGGAGACGUGUGGAGGAAGUUGAGGCGGCUCUCCAAGAAAGCACCACUGCUUUGGAGGAUGCUAGGGCUGAGGUAGAAGGACUACGCACCGAGUUACACAAUCUCGAAGGAUUGGUAUCCGGAAUCGACGAUGAAGGGGAUCUUCAUUCGCGCAUAGCACAAAUCGCUGACCGAGCGGCUGCAGACAAGCAACGCUUUGUUGACGAGAUCACGAGACUUAAGGAAACACUAGAAGAUAUGUGCCAACAGCGAGAUGAAGCGGCAGUGGAAACCCGAAGACUGCGUGAAACAAUGGCAGGUCAAGCAACCGAAUUGGAGUUGAUCAAGCAGAAAUCCAAUCGCGACACGACACCCAAUGGACCCCCUCAAUCACCUUCUAUACCCUCUGCAGCUAAAGAAGAAAUCAGAGGCCUGAAGCAUAUUGUCCAAGAACUUCAGAAAGAGAAUCUAGCGACGACGCAACGAAUGAAAGUACUGGAAUCAGAGAAUCAACUGCUCCUUUCUGAGACUGAGCAACUGCGCAAGGUCCAGAUCCUCGAAGAGAAUCUAGAUAAUAGCCUCACUCGAGAAGAGGAUGCUCACGCCGAUCUGCCUAUCGGCGAUACGGCAGACCUACAACGAGCCUUAAGGGACCAAAAACUGAAGGCUGAUAUGGAGAUUGAGCAGCUGCGUAAGCGAUUAGCCGACUCUGAUAUGAAGAAUGCGCGCGUUGUGCAUGAUCUCAACAAGGAAAUUAGCGAACUGGAGGCACUGAUCGAAUCCAAGAUCUAUCGCGAGGAUGAAUUGGAGCGCGAACUCGAAAAGAGCAAGGAAAAACUAGCGCGACAACGAAAGUCCUCCAAAGGUAUUGAUGACGUGCCGAUUGCCCGUGCAAGGGCGGGAAGUAUUAGCGCAUCAGAGACUUCAGACAGUCAGCAGCCUGUUUGCGAGAUCUGUGAUCAGCCGGGACACGAUGUGUUCAGUUGUACGCUGCUGAUAGGAUCCUCAAAGGAUGGAGGGGUGCCGGAGUCCGACUUAUUUUGCACUGAUUGUGAAAGCAAGGGUCACGUGGCACAAGAUUGCCCCCACUCCCUUGACGUCUUUUAA